CCUAGAACUUGGAAAGCGGUGUGUAAGGAAUUGAAAUCGCGCGCUGUUUUUGCUGUGUGUUUGUUUUUGUGCCAAAGUCCAGUUAAACAAUUAAACAAUUGUCUAGCUAGCCAGCAGGCCCAGGGAUUGGCUUCGCCACGAACACUGGAAAUACCUCCUCCGAUCUCCAGUUGCGACGCCAACGUGGUCGCGGGCCUCUGCCAUCGUCGUCGUCGUCGUCAUCGUCAUCGUCGUUGCCUUUGAGUUGCGCAAUUAUUUAAUGUUGGCCGCAGGUCUUGUGGGUCGCAGAAACGUUCUAACCCUGCCGGCGUUCAAUUCAUGGAGAACGCUCCAUCGGACCACUAGACACCGCUCAUCAUCAACGGCAGCACUGCGACCCGAGCUAAGGGGGAUUGGGAACCGAGAUCAGUUACAGUCACAGCCACAGUCACACCCACAGCGGCUGUUAACAAGGGGCUUUAAGGUCAUGGAAACUCCAGCGGAUGUCUUUCGCGGCAUCACGGAUCGCUUUGCCGGCGUCACAGUGGAUGGACGCGAAGAGAAUGUGGACAAAAACAUCUCUUUCAGGGAUAAACUAAAGAAAUCUCUGGACUUUUGGACGGCUAACAAGAACCGAGCGAUUUGGUUUCGUGUGUACAAGGAGCAAGCCGACUGGGUGCCCGUUCUGGCGGAGAAUGGUUUCGAUUUCCAUCAUGCCCGGACCGGAGAGGUAGUCCUCUACCGCUGGCUGCCGCUGGACGAGUCCAGCAAUCUGCCCACCUAUGCCCAUACCCUAAUGGGCGUCGGCGGUUUGGUGAUCAACGAGAAGGACGAGGUUCUGGUGGUGUCCGAUCGGUAUGCAAUGAUACCCAAUAGCUGGAAGCUGCCGGGCGGCUAUGUAGAGCCGCAGGAGAAUCUCAUCGAUGCGGCAAUUCGCGAGGUGGCCGAGGAGACGGGCAUUCGCACCGAGUUCCGUUCGGUGGUCAGCCUCCGGCAUGCGCACGGCGGCAGCUUUGGCUGCUCCGAUAUGUAUAUAGUGGUGGGUUUGAAGCCCCUCAAUUUGGACUUUAAGCGCUGCGAGCGUGAAAUCGCCAAACUCCAGUGGAUGCCGGUGGCCGAAUUUCUGGAGCAUCCGCAGGUGCAUCAGACCAACAGGCAGUUUGUUCGCACAUAUCUGGACUAUCAGCGGCGGGGGCUGACCAUCACCUGUCGCGACGAUGUCCACCAGGUGCUCAAGAAGAAGUACAACCUGUAUUAUGUGGAGGAGGAGCAAAGGGAUCCCAGCCAGGCUUAAGAUGCUUGAUUUCAGUGGCCAAGUCCUUAGUGCAAUUUCUAUUAGGUCAACAGCACAGCUAAUUUGUUUAUAAUUUAGUUAAAUAAAUGCUAUUUUUUU